GCGGCUGCUUAAUUACGAUACGGCAUAAUGAGGGAGAUUCGAUGCUUGCUCCUAAGGGUGGUCGGCGCGGUGGUGGUCGGCGCGGCUGUCUGCGGCCGCAUCCCUGGACUGGCGAAAAGUCAGCGCGAGCAGUGCAGAAAAGCGCCGCACGCGAUGCCGGCGGUGGGCGAGGGCGCCGCGCUGGGUCUGCGCGAGUGCCGGCACCAGUUCCGUCACCACCGUUGGAAUUGUUCCCACGUGUCCAACGACCAGGUCUUCGGCCAUGUGGUGGUAGUGGGUAGCAGAGAAGCAGCUUUCACGUACGCGAUAAGCUCGGCUGGUGUUACAUACGCGGUGACCGCAGCUUGCAGCCGUGGCAACAUCACAGCUUGCGGUUGCGAACCAGCUGUAAGGACGAGGAAGGAAUUACCGCCGAACGGUUGGGAGUGGGGUGGCUGCAGCGCCGACGUCACGUACGGGAUGAGGUUCGCGCGUAGGUUUCUGGAUGCGAGGGAGGUCGAAGGAGACGCCCGGAGCUUGAUGAAUCUUCACAAUAACAAAGCCGGAAGGAAGAUAGUUAAGGCUCUUUUGCAAACGGAAUGCAAAUGUCACGGGGUAUCUGGUUCCUGCACUGUGAGAACGUGCUGGCGAACGUUACCUAGUUUCCGUCAGAUCGGCGACGCACUCAUGAAAAAAUACUACAGGGCUAGACCGGUCAUCGCAAUUACACCUCCUCCCCCACCCACAGUUCAGACACUGGACACAAUAUCACACUCGAUGCUGCCGGAAAUGGUGCCCAUAUUGGGAAACGAUGCCAAAACUCAGGGCAAGCCGAACGAUUUCGCCAAGUCGCGGCACAAUCGGCAGCCGCUAUUGAAAAAGACUGGCAAGUCCAGGAGACCGCAUUUGGUCCUGAAAAGGACGAAAGUUAGCGGUGGUUCAAGUAUAAGCCUAAAGAGGAUUCCAAAAAGAAGCGAGCUGGUUUUUCUUCAACCUUCUCCCAAUUAUUGUGAGCCAGAUUUGGCGCAGGGUAGCCUCGGCACGCAGGGCAGAUACUGCAAUCGUACCAGCAAGGGAACUGACGGUUGUGAUUUAAUGUGCUGCGGACGUGGCUACAACACGCAUCAAUUCACAAGAACGUGGCAAUGCAGAUGCAAGUUUCAUUGGUGUUGCCGCGUGCAUUGCGAGACUUGCAUGGAACGUACUGAAGAAUACACAUGCAAAUAACACCAUUAUCGACGCACGAUAUGUAUAUAUAUUUGCGAAAUAGUACAUGUAAUUAUAAACGUUAAACAAAAGGAAUUUAAUGCACGAGAAACGUUAAUAUUAUAUAAGAAGCAGAAUUUUAUGAUUAUAUUAUUUUCGUUGAUGAUGUCAAUGUCAAAAUAUCUUCAUAAUUUCUUAUAACAGUCUAGGCCAUGUAUUCUCAUGAUAUUUAAGCAAUGGAUAUUGAAAGAAUCAAAAUCUAAUAUAAAAAUAGAUAUGCAUAUUAAGCACGUGAUGAUACGUCAUCCUACAUAUUAACUCCAAUUGUUGAAAAACGUUCUACGGAAUUUCACCCAUGUUUUCUAUUCUGUAUUUAGAAAUUGAAUAAUAGGAUUGAAUUUAAUAUGCAUUUAUAAAACUCAAUUUAUUGUCUAAAUAUCACUUCAAGUAAUAUAAGUAAGCAAUAUCGAACUUUAUAGGAAAUAAAUGCAUUUCA